CAUGUGUUUAGUUUGUUUUGAAAUGACAAGUUUGCUGCGGCCCGCGGGGCUGUUUGUGUUGGCCGUUUGUGCAGAACGCGCUCUUUAUCUAGAGCUCCGCAAAAGACAAACAGUUGCCGUACAGCCGUGCAUGAAGAGACGGCGGGAAAUCGCUUUUGCCAGCAUUUCCAGCGGUAUUGACAGAUCAGCGCGUGGGUGGGAUAUGGACGUUAUUCCCAUGUGUAGUAUUUUCCAGGAGCUGCAAAGUGUCCUUGAUACAGGAUACCUAUCCGCAUUACCAUCUUUAGAGGAAUACUGGCAACAGACAUGUCUUGAGCUUGAGCGCUAUCUGCAGAAUGAGCCCUAUGUCUCUGCAGCUGAUCUGAGAUCAGUGUGCGAGUCCGACGAUCUGUGGAACCAGUUUCUGCGUUGCUGUGGGACAGCUGGAGCGAGUUCACCCCGGCAGGAAGCCUCCAUCCCCAAACAUGAGGGAAUCCUCAGGACCCCACCUCCAGUGGCACUCGGAGAAUGUUUGUCAGUCACCAGCAGUGAGAUAUCAGACAGCUGCGAGAAGAUCAAACCAUCUGCUAAUGUGCACACACACCCACUGGGUCCCCGCAUAUCUGAGCAGGAACAUGUAAUAACACACACGCCCCUGCCGCCGUCCUGUUCUCCACUCUCUGCCAAGGAGAUCACAAACAGAGCAGCACUAUCUCUUAUAGAUGGAUUUGUUGCAGGGGUCAGUACAGAUGCUGAGAGGACGGGACAGGGAGAGGUCAAAGGUGAGGGAUCACCUGAAGGACGAAAGAGGGCUCAUCGCUGUAAUUUUAACGGGUGUAGGAAGGUGUACACCAAGAGCUCCCACCUCAAAGCACACCAACGCACACACACCGGUGAGAAACCGUACAGUUGUUCGUGGGAUGGCUGUGAGUGGCGCUUUGCUCGAAGUGAUGAAUUGACAAGGCAUUUCAGAAAACACACCGGAUCAAAACCCUUUAAAUGCAGCCACUGUGACAGAUGCUUCUCUCGUUCCGAUCAUCUGGCCCUGCACAUGAAACGACACAUCUGAACGUGAUGAGUGAGGGAUCGAAAGAAUGAAAGAAUGCAGAAUGAGCCACAUUGUGAAGUCAAGCUGUAUCUGUGGCAGAAAGUGAAAGCCAAGAAAGAGAGAAAUUGAAUGAAAAAACCCUGGGAGAGGACAACAAUGAAGUGUGUGUGUGUGUGUGUGUGUGUGUGUGUGUGUGUGUGUGUGUGUGUGUGUGUGUGUGUGUGUGUGUGUGUGUGUGUGUGUGUGUGUGUGUACGUGUGUGUGUACUUAGCUAUAGUUUUGGGAAGAAUUUGUGCCCAAAAGUAAGCUAAAUCGGACAAAACCUACUUCCCUUUGGGGACAUUUUCAUACAUCCGCAUUUGGAAAAUUGACCCAUACGUAAAUAAAAUAACUAUUUUAAAAAUUCUAAUAAUGUGCAGUUGUAGCUUGGCGCUAGCAAUGCCAAGAUCAUGGGUUUGAUUCCCAGGAACACACAAAAUUAAAAAUGUAUACCUUGAACGCUUUGGAUAAAAUCGUCUGCCAAAAUGCAUAAAUGUAAUAAUGCAAAAAGUUUUCUGUUAGGGUUAGUUUAUAGUAAUUAUAGUAAUUAUAGCUUUAUAUAAAACUGGUAGAAGUCUAUGGUUUGUCCCAUUUGUGUGUGUGUGUGUGUGUUUGUGUGUACGCGCGUUAAGUUGGUAAGUGUGUGGAGUGGACUUUAGAGUGAUAAUGUUGCACAUUUUGCACCCUUUUAACGUGCAUACUCUAUAAUCUGGUGCUAAAAGUAAAACAUGCCUGUGCUAGCUGUAUGUUGCAGGCUCAUUAAAUUGCUAGUACAAAGUUUUAAAGGAAUAAUUCACCCAAAAAUGUCAUCAUUUACUCACCCUCAUGCCAUCCCAGAUGUGUAUGACUUUCUUUCUUCUGCUGAACACAAAUGCAGGUUUUUUUGAAGACUAUUUCAGCUCUGUAGGUCCAUACAAGGCAAAUGUGUACUAAAACUUCAAAGCUCCAUAAAGCAUAAAUAGGCAGCAUAAAAGUAAUCCUUACGACACCCUCCUAUGCAUAUUCAUGACAGAGUUGUUCUUUUGCGUUUUUUGGCGAUUUGCGUUCUACAUUAAAAUAAAGAGUAAACAUAAAGAUUAAAAAAGGACUUAAAUAUGAAUCUGUUUCUCACCAACACCUAUCAUAUCGCUUCUUAAGACAUGGAUUUAACCACUGGAGUUGUAUGUAUUAUUUUAUGCUGCCUUUUAUAUGCUUUUUGGACCUUCAGAUUUCUGGCCACCAUUCACUUACAGGACUUACAAAGCUGAGAUAUUCUUCUAAAAAUCUUAAUUUGUGUUCUGCAGAAGUAAUAAAGUCAUGCACAUCUGGGAUGGCAUGAGGUGUGAAAAUGAUGAGUACAUUUUCAUUUUUGGAUGAACUAAGAUUCUUAAGAUUAUUUAUAACCAAAUGUACGAUUUGGUUGCAAAACCUUGGUUACUAACAUUUUAUAAGUAAGCUAUUAAGCUACAAUUUAUAUUCAAGUUUCUAGAUUCUAGAACAUUAAUUCCAUUGUAGAAGCAAGGUGUUCCAUUGGGUACAAAGUUUGCUCACCACACAACUUAUGUUUUUGUAGAAUUAUACUUAGAAAAAUUACAUUACAUUUUUUUUUUUAAUGUAGUAGAAAAGAAUAGAUAAAAAACAGACAGAUACACCCAGAGAGAAUGAGUGAGAAUGUGUGUGGUUCGACAGAAGAAUUCCUUUGCCGUUUUUGUCGUGCAGGAGUGUUAUUCUAUUUGCCAAAGAGUUUGUGGGUAUUCAAACCCAACAAAAGUGUGUGUUUGUAAUGGACUUAGUGGUAUAGCUUCUCUAUACCAUGUGUAUUCUCAAAAACAUAUUUUGUUACAAAGUUUUUAUAAACCCUUAAAGCUAAAGUAACACUCUGCUUUAUCAUGCAGAGGAAAUUAUGUUAUAUAGAGCAGCUAUAUGUUUGUGUAGUUUUGUGAGAAUACAUAUUUGAGAUUAAUGAAAUUGUUGAAAUGUAUUAAGUUUACCGGCUGGUUUCCAACUCGGCCUGCUUUAUUUAGCCGUUACAUUAGUCAUAGGCUUCAUUAAUGGCUUAUUGACUAUAUAAUGCUUGACUCAAGAGAAGUGUCUCUUUGCUAAUAUUACUGUUGAUAAAAAAACUUUUUUAACCACUAAAGCUUAGUAACUAAGGGCAAGCUAGUUAACUUUAAAAUUUUAUUAUUUUGUGUUUUUGUUUUUUAAUUAGAGCUUCUCUUCUUUCCAUUUUGAUUGACAUUUCUGUUGACUGCAUUUGUGCCUUAAAAUCUUAGACUUGGUCUACAACAAGAAUCCUUUGUCGAGGAUCUUUUCGUCAAAAUAAGGUUCAGUCUCGACCUAGAAACAUUUGUUAAAUUAGUUUAAAAAUUAAACUGAAAAAUCUGACGUUCAAUGAAUAGUGUCAUAAAGACUGAAAUGACUGUAUGGUGUUUUAGAAUAGUGAUUACCUAAAAAGAGGAACUGGAUUCCAUUGCACAUAAACGACUGGAUUGGCUACUGUGUAGUAUUCUGUAGUUGUGCGAUUUUAAAAGUGCACAAAUGAGUUACUGCACGCUCGGAUUGACAUCACGUUGGCAGGCAGUUUAGAUGAAGCCAUGGCAUUUGUUCAGAUGUCUGCACACAGUUGAAAAGCCCUGCAGUUGUUACACAGACGAGGUUGUUCACUCAGGGACUCUGAAUAUGAACUAUCUCUCUGAAAGCUGUUAUUGUUAAACAAGAGUUAACUGAGAAUGUUGUAUUAUAUCUUUAGGGGGAUUUUGAAAUUCAUUCCAAUAUCAUCCUUUCAAAAAUAUUUUAUGUACACAAAGAAGUAUUUUUAUGGACUAAACAAAUAUUUUAUAUAGAUAUAUUUUUUUUUUCCAUGCUGUUUGGAUAACAAAAAUGUAACCAAAAAAAUUUACUUAUAUAUCUAACUAUUCCUGUUACAAAUUAUUUUCUUCACCAUCUCAAAGUCUGAAACUUUCGUAUCAUGUCAUCCCCUUCAUCAAACCUCUAUACUUCUAAAAGGCCUAUGUAAAAUGUAUAUUAAAAAUGUUACUUUUAUUCAAAUAUUUUGUUUGUUCUUUUCUUUGUUAAAGCAGAUAUAUCAUUCUAAAAUAUAUUGCAUUUUUUGUAUUUUAUCUUUGUAAUUGCAUUUUAUUUCCGAGUAAUAAUGAACAGCUUUUUAUAAAACUUUACACGCUGUUUUGGUUUCUUAUAUAUAUGAUGUGCAACGUGCAGCCUUACAGACCAAAAGUGUUGCAGAUGUCACACAUCAAAGAUUAAAGGGUAUACUGUCUCAGAGAAAACCAUAAAGAUCCACUGGAGGACUGUGUAUAACCAAUAAACAAAGACAUGUCUGGAAUGUGGCGUUUUGGACAAAAUGCACUUUUUCAUAAUUUUGUGUUAUGCGUGUUCAUGAUUUGUUUUACAGACUUUUACCUCUAUUUGAACUGAAAAUGGACCGUAGUGAGAUGAACAGCCUACUUCAAGGACCCAACAAAAAUACACAAACACAUUUUAAUAGUAGGCAGGGAUGCGGUUUGGUGUCUGUAUCAUUUCUGUGUGUGCUGACAGAGUUGGGUUAGAGUUAAGCCAAUGAACUAUGUUCCUAUUACUAAUUAUAAUACAUAGAAUUAUUUAUUGAGCGUCUUUAAUCGUUAAAGCUAAUGUGUAUGUGUGUGUGUACAGUCUAUAUAUAUAUAUAUAUAUAUUAUUUGUAUUUUUUUAACCCUUCCAUUAUCGUAAGAAACUGAACCCUUUGGGUAAUUUUUGACAGGUAUUGAAACCCAUAAAAAAUGCGUAAGUUCUUGAUUAGUGUUCAAUAGCAUGAAACAAAAAUCUGUUUUAAUGUGGUCCCAAAGUGUAUAGCUAU